AAUGCCACAUUGGACGUCCGUACGACUACAAGUGCCACCCAACUCUCGCUAAAAGCUAUAGCUCUAUCUCUGCUGCUAGUUUUCUCUCGAUUUGACUCGAUACAACUUAAACAACACCUGCAAGAUUCUCGCCGCGUCUAGGCUACAACUUUGGUGGUUUUAUAUCGACACAGCGCAGCCAAGGGAAUACAUAUCGAUAUUUUCGGAACCAUCCAGCAGCUGCUGCUGCUGCGACGGCUGCAGCCUUGAUAUAUCUACAUCACGGUCACCCACGCCCAACAGCUAAAAAAGGAUCAAUAUAGACAUGUUUUGUUGUCAUUUAUCAGCCAAUAAAUUACACCACGUAUAGUAUACAUCUCGCCAGCAGCGGAAGGAAUACAGUCAUUACGUAAUGCUACUUUGAAAGGAAGAAAGAAAAGAAACGCCAGCAGCAAUUUCAAGAAUCUAACAUCGUCAACUGUUGAAUACAUCAAACACACCAGAGAGAAUAAUAAAAGGGAAGCCUACAGAAAAAAUGCCAACAAUGCGACACAGCACAGACCCCUGUGCUCAAUUCAGAAUGCUCGGUCAUCCGUGCUCAGCGAGUCAACACCCCCAGCCGCAACUGCUGCCGUCCGUGUACCAGGCGGCGCUCAAUCACGCCGGGCCCUACGGUCACGGACGGGCCAUUUCGCACACACCGUGGGAGGCCGUCACCUUCGUCGCUGUAAGUGCGAUCGUUUUGGUGGCGUACAUCGCCGUGUUGGGUUACCUGGCGACGCGGGCCCUGCGCCAGGUGCCGCGCGGGUCGGCGGUCGGCUCUUUGCCCGGCGGCCUCCUCGACACCCGGAUCGUCUACAACGCCAAGACCGACUCUUGCCAGCCGCCGGUGCCGGCCGAGAUGAUCGAUACGCCCGACGGCUCCUUUGACGUCUGAUCAAUCACGGCGACGGCGGCGGCGUCACGUUCGUACUCGCCUGCAACCUCUGCUGCUGCUGGAUGUGCUGGCCCAUUGUCUUUUGGGACUUUGGCUGGGCGUGUGCUGUGUGUCGUUCAACGCUUUUCCUGAUUACAUUUCUUCCCAACACCUUUUGAUUUUCUACAUAAAAGAAGAAACAAAAAAUGAGCCGUGAAUAAUAAAUAACAAAAAAAAAAAAAAACUAUUAUUAUAUAAAUGAUGAUGAUUCAAGAAAGAUUGUAUGACGCAAUUGUAUAAAUAUUUACGUGUCGUUUGAUGAAUUUUUUUUUCAAACAUUCCUUUACAAUAAUUUGUUCAAAUAUUUCCCGGUCAUGCCCCAUUCGUUUUUGUUUUUUUUUUCUUCUUUUUCCAACAGAUUCCAAGCGUGGUUCUUACGUAAUCCCCACAUUCCAGGUAAAUAUCCAGUCGAAAUUACUAAUUGAAAAAAAAUAUCAGGGGCGGGCGAAAAGACAAUUUCUGUUGAUAGGUAUCCAUAAACCUUUACGUACAAAAAUAAUUAUACACCCAUCAAAACUGGACAAAUUCAUUUUUUUUAUAUUAUAUCGCUUGAUUUAUCUAUUUUGCGCCCAUCAGUUUGAAAAUAAUUAAAAAAUUAAAUUAAAUAAAAAGUUGGUGCUUCUCCCGGA